GGUACCUCUUUGGCUUUGUUGGGGUUUCUUCGGGGGCGUUAUUCACGACGAUGAACUAAGUAGAUGAUAAUAACCUGCUAGUGUUCUAACAUCAUGGUCCUGCUUCAAUCCAUCUGCUCAGUCUGAACCAUCAAAAUCUGCCUGACCGUUCCGACAACCUCGAAAAGCCGGAUGUCGGCUACGGUUAAGUCCGGCGGAAAGUGUCAGUUGAUUCUUUCGAGCUAUAAUUUGGCUCUUCUCAAAGCAGCAAUGUCGUGCCCAUCUAAUAAGCAUGUGUGCACCCGUUCGCUACACAGCCUGGCUUCCAUGGCAGCCAGGCCCUCAAGGUCGUUACGCAGGCCGUGCGCCUUGAAUCGGGAAAUGGCACCGAAUGGUUUGAUGACCAGGUACUGCUCUACCGUCGGAAACAGUGCUACGUUUCCUGGCUCGAGUAAAGAUGUCAGUCAUGCACACAGCCAGGGACUGCUCCAAAGAGAUCAUUCCAACAACCCGGUGCACAGUCGUGCCCUGGAGGCUACACUUUCUCCUGUCCCAACUAGAGAGUCAAUAAGUUCAUAUCAGACCUCCCAUCACGUUGAUCAACAGAAUAUCACAGCCCCGGGGCGCUGGGAGACAGUCUCCAGCACUCCAGCGGCAAGACCAAUGGCCCAGCAAACAAUGGAGAGCAAAGCACUUGCAAGAUACUCCACACCCGAUUUUUCCGUGCUGCUCGCGGGCUCACUAACCCGACGACCAAAGCCCAAACCCAAGUUCUUUAGCCACAAUUUGCGCAAAAGCCCCAAGGGGAAAGACGUCCUCGUGCACUACUGCAAAUCACUCAAAACCAGCGAAAAAAUCGCCCAACACUUCCUCAACGACAAAACCUUAGGCUUCGACAUGGAAUGGAAAGCCCAGGCCUCCGCAUUUUCCGGCAUCAAGAACAACGUCUCCCUCAUCCAAAUCGCCAACCAAGAGCGAAUUGCCCUCUUCCAUAUCGCCAAAUUCCCAGGCAAAAGACCCAGAGACCUGGUCCCCCCCACCCUGAAGCAAAUCAUUCAAAACCCAGACAUCACGAAAGUCGGUGUCUCCAUCAAAGCAGACUGUACCCGGCUUCACAAAUUCCUUGGAAUCGAGGCCCGCGGCAUCUUCGAACUCAGCCAUCUCCAUAAACUGAUCAAAUAUUGCCACACCGACCCGGGCCGCAUCAACAAACGUACCGUGAAUCUCAGCGAGCAGGUCGAAGAGCAUCUGGGUCUGCCGUUGGAGAAAGUGGAUGAUGUUCGGUGUAGUAAUUGGGCGGCUUCUUUAAGUUAUCGACAAGUGCAAUAUGCUGCGGCCGAUUCAUAUGCGUGUGUCUGCUUGUUUCAUGCUAUGGAUGCGAAGCGGAAAGCGCUUGAUCCGACGCCUCCGUUGCCUGCGCACGCGGAUUUGGAUCUCCCGAUUCAAAUCGUGAGCGAGCCUGCGGUGGCUACGGACAAUGAUGAUGUCGAGGUGGUGAAGUCUUAGUGGCUGUCCAGGCUACGUGAUCUGGUAGUGGUGGUGAUUGGUGCAUUGGUUCUGGGAUGUGAGAGACUCCGUCCGCAGAAGGGUUCUUUUGCUGCAUCAUAGAAAGGCUUGGGAUCAUUUUAUCUGUAUAGACAGGCAUGAAGCCAACAUCUUGGGUGUUUUAUUGAUCGACUAGAACGUGAUACCCAUGCUAGAUACA